AUGGUUGGCAAUGCAAAGUUGGAAUUUAUCAAUGACAGACUUCAGCUUCUUACUGGUUUGAAGAGGCCAUUUGGAGACAUUAGUAUUAUUGCUGUUGGAGAUUUCUUUCAACUUAAACCAAUCAUGGAUGGAUGGAUUUUUCAGGAUUUAAAGCAAAAUGCCCAAGCACUUGCAUGUAAUCUUUGGAAAGAAAACUUCACCUUAUUUGAGUUAGAUGAAGUAAUGAGACAAAAGGAUGAUUUAGAAUUUGCACAGCUUUUGAACCGUCUUCGUCACAAUGAGAUGACUUCUGAGGACUUGGAUAUAAUUCACAGAUGCAUCAUUGCUGAAAAUAGUCCAAAUUAUCCACACAAUGCUCCCCAUCUUUUCACAAUGAAUGCAAAAGUAGAUGAAUAUAACAAUAAACUUAUAGAGCAACUUCCUGGUGAAAAAGUCAUUGUAAAAGCUGUUGACAGUGUCCUCCAAGACCACAGUAAGUCUGUGAAAGACCGACUACUCAGAUCAUUGCAAAAUCAAGAUGAUGUAAGCAAAACUGCAAAUCUCAUGACAAGACUAACUCUAGCCAUUGGAAUGAUAUAUGACAUUACAGUUAAUAUUGAUGUUACUGAUGGCUUGACAAAUGGUUCAUCGUGUACUGUAUUUCUUGUUGAAAACAGAUUAGCUGGUGUAUCAAGGCCAAGUAUAGUGUGGGUGAAGUUUUUAGAUUCUGCAGUUGGGAGAGUUGCUCGACAGAAAUACAGACAUCUUUUCCAUGAUGAUGUUAUGGAUGAUUGGACACCAAUAUUUGACUGUCAGCGAUCUUUUGUUUUCAAUUCAACUACAUAUCAAAGAAUACAGUUUCCUUUAAGACCAGCUGCUGGUAAGACAAUUCAUAAGGCUCAGGGCUGCACUGUUGAUGAAAUUGUAGUAGAUUUGUCUCAAUCAAGGAUAAGGAAAACACCACACAUUCAUUAUGUAGCUCUUAGUAGAGUUAGAUCUGUUGACAAGUUGCAUAUUCUGAAUUUCAAUGAGCAAGCAUUAACUGUUGAUGAAAAAGUUGUAGAAGAAAUGGAAAGAAUGAGGAAGGAAGCACCUCUAAAACUGUGUUAUCUUCCAUUGUACAAAACAGAGCAGAACAAACUAAAAAUUAUGUUUAAUAAUGCAAGAUCUCUUCACAAACAUUUCGAUGAAAUUAAAAAUGAACCCAAUGUUGUAGCAUCAGAUGUUAUUGGUUUUUCAGAAACAAGAUUAACCAUCAAUGAUGAAGAGAAUUUUAUGAUGGAAGGUUACUUGACUUUGUUUAAUCAUGAAAAGAGAAGUGACAGCAAUCGUCCUCAUCAUGGAACAGCAUUAUACGUCACAAAGAAUUUCUGA